GCACGUGCUCGGCGAUAGUCUUAUCGGGCAUUGAUGUAUCAAAUGUAGAUAAAAUUAAGAUAAGAUCUGGCUAGCGUUAUCUCCGACGUUUUUAUUUAAGCACGGCAAAAAAAAAUAUGACGGACAUUCGCCAUGUCCUGGAAACGAUCCGUAAUCGCGUUUCCGUGAGGAGAAAUUCUCGCGCGAAAAGGCGUAGGAAUUAUGAUACACGUGAAAAAAUAAUUAUCACGUGGGGACGUAUAGAAACGUCGGUGAUUUAUUCUGCAAUUGAUAUUUGCAGAAGACACUGUCCGACGAUCAAAGCCAAACUAAUUCUCUUUAUGAGCAGAUUCGACACACGUUGAGCGAACGAGUUCGAAAUUUACAAUGACUUCAAUGUGGGAAGAUUUUUACGCGAAGCAUUCACCCCCUCAGGAUCUGACGCAAAAUGAACAGGCGUUGAAGGAGUUUACCAGGAAGAAUUUCGAGGAGGGUAACAAAGUGGUGUUGGUGACGAGUGGAGGUACAACAGUACCCUUGGAACAUAAUACAGUGAGAUUUGUGGACAAUUUCAGUGCAGGUACGAGGGGGUCGGUUUCAGCAGAAUACUUCUUGGAGCAUGGCUAUGCAGUUAUUUUUAUGCACAGAGUCAAAUCUUUGGAACCAUUUUCGAGGCAUUUUAUAGGUCAGAAAUUUUUAGACAUGCUUCAAAUAUCGGAUAACAAUGAGAAUCCUGUUAUCACAGUAUUGCCAGAAUAUACACAGAAAGUAGUAACAGUGCUGCGAAAGUAUAAAAAAGCAUUUGAUCAGAAAAAAUUAUUGCAACUCACUUUUACGACUCUCUCCGAAUAUCUUUGGCUGCUACGAUCUGCUUGCCAAGUGCUAGCACCUCUGGAGAAUAAAGCUAUACUAUAUUUAGCAGCAGCAGUGUCAGAUUUCUACAUUCCUUCUAAUGAAAUGUCAAUCCAUAAAAUAUCCUCUAGUGGACCACCAAGUAUAUCUCUUCAUUUAGUACCAAAAAUUUUGGCCCCAUUAGUUAGUUUGUGGGUACCAAAAGCAUUUGUGAUUUCAUUUAAAUUAGAAACCGACGAAAGCUUACUUAUUUCUAAGGCAAGAACUGCCCUCAACAAGUAUCAUCAUAACCUUGUAAUAGCCAACAUGUUGCAAACUAGAAAGCAAGAAGUAAUAAUUGUGAGCAAGGAGACCAACUACGUUUUAUCUCUUACAAAUGAACAAUUAGAUAAGGGCGAGGAAAUUGAACAAUUAAUCGUAAAUGAUCUCGUUGAAAAGCAUAGAAAGUUUAUACAAUCCAAAGAAGUUUGCUGAUCAGCUUAUUUCAAGCUGUAAAAUAUAUAGUCAAUUUUAUAUAUAAAAUAUGCAUUUUGAAAAGAUAAUUUUAUAGACACCACAAUUAGAAAAAUUUUGGUGAUAAUGGGGAUAAUACUCAGGUUCAAUAUACUAUAUUGUAUAUUAUACAUAUACUAUAUCAAUAUGCUAUAUGGUAUAUACAUAUCAGCACUGUAAAUGUACAUAAUUCAGUUAUCAGCACAAAUAUACGAUCACAUUUCUGUACAAAUUAUAAUAAACAGAAUGUCUGAACAAACUUAAAAUUUUUGUUUCAGUAUCCAU